AUGAAGAUUAAGUACGAGUCACGGAAGUUCAUCGACCUCAUUCAGCGAGCUAGAUCUAAGUGGGCCAAUUGGGAUCCACCAAGAAAGAUCACGGUGGGCGACUAUGGAACUAUCAUCAAUGAAACUGGAGAAUUCGAUUGGGAAGGAAACAUAUACAGCCCUCAUUUCCAGGAACAGCUUCAAUCAUCCAAGUACAAAUUCGACAUCAACUUAGCGGAUCCAGCGCUACGCCCCAUCGAACAGGAAGCAAGUAAUGACCACUUUAUCGUCGAAUCGUGGGGUGUCACUACUAAGGAACUCAAUGCCUCUACUGAAGUCGCCAUGCCGGAUGUAGUGAACGUCGCCCUCAAACUCGAUUUGCAGUUCGAUGGUAACAAACCAGCAGCUGUAUUGGUCAUGCACAAGCCAAGAUACAGUAGCCUUCCUAACGAUGAGCGCAUCAUCAGGCUGAUCAAGUCCAUGCCUGAUAUCCUCAAAGGGAAAUACGUCGUCACCGAAGUGAUAUCUUGCGCAGCAUAUAUGAUGCAUCUGUCUGACCAACAAGCAGAAAAGUUUUCCGCGACGCUCAAAGCCGUCGGGCCUGUUACACCAGCUAUCAACGCUGGAGGAGCAGCCAGUUCCACCUGGUCUUUGGAAGCUGCUUAUGGUCUUUCCCGUCAAGGAUGUGACCCUGCCGCAAAAUAUAUGCCGUUGUACAGGCUGAAACAGCCUCGUCCCAAGUUCUGGGAAUGGCCUUUUGGUCACCGCGGAGACGAGAGAAAUAAUGAUGCGAUCGACAGGUGGGAGGAUGUCGACCCGACUUGGAACCCUCUCGGCGAUGAUGGCGAAGAACAGGAAAUCUAUGAUGCAGAGAUGCAUGGUGACUUUGGCGUUUUCAAUGAUGGCUAUCCUGACAACGACGACGACGACUACUGCAUUAUGAUCAUUCACGAAUGGUAUUACUGCUACACCACUUGA